GCCUCGGGGCGGCGGCGGCGGCGGCGGACGGACGCGGCCUGAGGGAGCGGCCGGCUGCCGCGCGGGGCUCGCCUCGCCCGCGGCGGGGUCCAUGGCCUGAGCGGCCAUGUCCGGCGUGGUGCGGACCCUCAGCCGCUGCCUGCUGCCGGCCGAGGCCGGCGGGGCCCGCGAGCGCAGGGCGGGCGGCAGCGGGGCCCGCGACGCGGAGCGCGAGGCGCGGCGGCGCAGCCGGGACAUCGACGCGGGGCUGGCCCGCGAGCGGCGCGCCGUGCGGCGCCUCGUCAAGAUCCUGCUGCUGGGCGCGGGCGAGAGCGGCAAGUCCACCUUCCUCAAGCAGAUGCGCAUCAUCCACGGCCGCGAGUUCGACCAGAAGGCGCUGCUCGAGUUCCGCGACACCAUCUUCGACAACAUCCUCAAGGGCUCACGGGUCCUCGUGGAUGCGCGAGACAAGCUGGGCAUCCCGUGGCAGUAUUCGGAAAAUGAGAAGCACGGCAUGUUUCUCCUGGCCUUUGAGAACAAGGCGGGGCUGCCCGUGGAGCCUGCCACCUUCCAGCUGUACGUCCCCGCCCUGAGCGCUCUCUGGAGGGACUCCGGCAUCAGGGAGGCUUUUAGCCGGAGGAGCGAGUUCCAGCUGGGUGAAUCCGUGAAGUACUUUCUGGACAACUUGGACCGGAUCGGCCAGCUGAAUUACUUUCCCAGCAAGCAGGACAUCCUGCUGGCGCGGAAGGCCACCAAGGGCAUUGUGGAACACGACUUUGUCAUUAAAAAAAUCCCUUUUAAGAUGGUGGACGUGGGCGGCCAGAGGUCCCAGCGCCAGAAGUGGUUCCAGUGCUUCGACGGCAUCACGUCCAUCCUGUUCAUGGUGUCGUCCAGCGAGUACGACCAGGUGCUCAUGGAGGACAGGCGCACCAACCGGCUGCUGGAGGCCAUGAGCAUCUUCGAGACCAUAGUCAACAAUAAACUCUUCUUCAACGUCUCCAUAAUCCUUUUCCUCAACAAGACGGACCUCCUGGUGGAGAAGGUCAAGACCGUCAGCAUCAAGAAGCACUUCCCGGACUUCAAGGGCGACCCCCACAGGCUGGAGGACGUUCAGCGCUACCUGGUCCAGUGCUUCGACCGCAAGAGACGCAACCGCACCAAGCCCCUGUUUCACCACUUCACCACCGCCAUAGACACGGAGAACAUCCGCUUCGUGUUUCACGCUGUGAAGGACACCAUCCUGCAGGAGAACCUGAAGGACAUCAUGCUGCAGUGAGCGAGGGCGCCCCCCCCGCCCCCCGCCGCCUUCCGCCACCGCCGCCGCG